CUAACUUCCGCCUCCUUGACGCGUGCUAGCAUGUAUGAGUGUGACCCGGGAGAUUGUAAACUCAACGGGUUUUGUUGAAACAAAGUGUUUUGUAGAAAUAUGUUCAUGUCGACGCAGAGAUUACUGUGAGGUUAAGGUUAUCACACAGGAGAGCGGACUGGCCGCCCCCUUUAGCGCGUCUCCGGCAGCUGUGUGUGUUCAGUAACCUUGGCUUUAACGCUGCAGCAGAGACUCAGCCAUGGCAGCGCUGCUGUGUCGAGCUGUACAGCGGUCAGCCCCAGUCUGGGUUCAGAAUCUGCCAGUAGCAGCUUCCUCAUGGCCGCUGUUCGUGGUUUGUCGCAGCAAGUUUACAAAAUCUCGCAUUCCUCCAGAGGUGUUUGAAGAGCGUUUAAAGGAGCAUGAAAAGUAUGGUGGCAAUCCAGAGCAGCCACAUAAACUACACAUAGUGACUCGGGUCAAGAGCACAAUGAGACGACCUUACUGGGAAAAGAAGGUAGUGAAGAGUUUGGGAUUAAUGAAGGCACAUGAGCCCAGAGUACAUAAGAACACACCAUCAGUGAAUAACCAACUGAAAAUCAUUAAGCAUCUUGUUAAAAUUGAACCCUUGAAGCUUCCUCAUGGACUACCUUCAGAAGAAGAAAUGGCAGAUUCCUAUCUGAACAGCAGAGGGGAACUUGUGGUGAGACAUCCUCAAAAACCUGUGGAACAGAAAGCCGUUGAAUCGUAGCUGCUCUUGUUCAUACUUGUGUAUUUGAUGUUUAUUAAAUAUUUCUAAUGAGUUAAA